CUGUGAUGGGUGGCAUUCUGUCCAUCAUUGCCGCCGCCCGGUCGGCUCUUCUGUCCUUGAUCUUCCCGUGGCGCAAAACCAACCUCACGGAAGCACCUUCCAAGAGCUCCAGCGGCGGCUCAGCCCGUCGCCGCGUGAGCUCAUCGUCGACUCCAGAGUGGUGCCGGUGCUCAACACUCUGCUCAAGAACAGCUGGCGUCCGCGGCUCCAGGCGGAGGCGGUGAGAUCUCUGGCAGCUGCGGGUGCGGUUUCUGUCCCGACGCUGGUGCAGCUUCUCUCGAACCCGUCCACUCAUCUCGGGGUGCGCGUCAUGGCGGCGGAUCUCCUUUGCCUUGCCAAGAUGUGUUAUGACGUCGAGCAAAGCGUCUCGGAGAGCGUCAGCAUGACAGCUUUGCUCGACGUCCUGGCCAAUGGACUCAACGGCGGUGAUGCAGCCAUCAAACUCGAGGCCGCCAGUACAGUUCGCAGGCUGCUGUCCAUCGGAGAGGAGCCGCCCAUCCAGGAGUCCAUCGAUGCGGGCGUCAUCCAACCACUCGUCCAGGCACUCGCCGACUCGGCCUGCCCGAGACUACAAUUCGAAGCGGCGGGGGCGCUGACCAACAUCACUGCGGGCACAUCGGAGCAGAUCCAGGCGGUGGUCGAUGAGGGUGCCAUCCCGCUCUUCAUGCAGCUGCUGGCGUCUCCUGACGACGCUGUGCGCGUCCAGUCCGUGUUGGCACUGGGCCACAUCGCAGACGACUCGACAGCACACCGCGACCUGGUGCUGGAGGCUGGGGUGAUGCAGCCGCUGCUCAACCUCCUGCGCGAUACCGAGACGGUAUUCGCCCUCCUUGGCGCUGUCACUUGGACGCUCGUGGGUCUCUGCCGCGGCCGGCCAAGGCCCCUCUUCGGUCUGGUGUCACCCGCCCUGCCGCCUCUCGUCGGCCUCAUCAACACUCCCCAGCAAGACGAAAUAGUGCUCAUCAACGCCUGCUGGGCACUGGCCUACCUGACCGACGGGCCGGCAGGGCAGAUCGACACAUUCAUGGGCACUGGCGCGUGCCGCCGUGUAGUGGAUCUGCUGACCAACGCCAGCUUGGAAGUCCAGACAUCUGCCCUGAGAACAGUGGGCAACGUCCUCACCACUGGUGGGUGGGUGGGUGGCAAGCCCGAGGGGCCAAUAGGUACUCUGUCUGUGUGUCGUUCAGGUGACGAUCAUCACCGUCAGGCGCUCAUCGAGUGCGGUGCCCUUCCCCAGCUGAGUGUGCUGCUGUUGUCACCUAGGAACGACCUUCGCAAACAGGCGUGCUGGGUCGUAUCCAACUUCGUGGCCGGUAGGUGGCUGGGUGGGGAGCUACAGAGGACGCCGCAUGUUUGAUUUGUGCAGGCACGCGUCAGCACAUCCAGGCAGUUAUCGAUGGCGGCCUGGUACUUCGGCUGGUCGAAAUGGUCGCAACAGACGAGUGGUGGGUGGGCCAAGAGGCCGCAUGGGUCAUUGCCAAUGCAGCGACGGCCGGAUCACAGCAGCAGGUACGCAGAGGGAGACACAAUCAACAUGGUCAGUGGGGUGGUUUCUGUGACCCCCGUUUCUUCAUUCAGGUUGAAUCUCUGGCCAAUUGUGGAUGUGUGGAGCCCCUGUGUCGUCUCCUAGAGCUAGCUUAAGACCGCAACGAGACCAUUGUUGCCCUCAACGGACUCACAAACAUCCUAUAGUAUGCAUAUUCACACAUGCUGCGCACACACAUACAGGCACACGAAGCAUCCUCGUUGUGUGUCCAAUGCGUGCAGUGAAGGGUGGCAGGUGCAGGUGCGUGAGGGCUACCCAAUCAACCUCUGGUGUAUGAUGGUGCAAGAGGCUGGCGGCCUGGACAAGAUCAUCGAGCUGCAGGACAGCGAAGAUCCGACCAUCGCACAUAAGGUCAGUACAACCAACACAUAUAUGAAUACACAAGGCAACCCAGCUCCUCCCCUCACCGUAUGGCCCGCCUUUUCUUGCUCACAGUGUCGUGCGAUUCUUGAGGCCCACUUCCCUCGAGCUGGCGGCGGUGACCAAUACCCGCUGGGCCAUGAUAGUGAUGGUGCUGAUGAGGGGGGUGAGGCGGCUCACGACGACGAUAGCUACGGGGACAUCGAUAGCGAUGACUACGUAGAGACCGGUGUGGUCCCUGCAGCCGACACCGACGGGAAGAAAAAAUCGGCGGGCAGCCUGACGCAGUCGGAGCCUUCUGAGUCGAUUUCUGACGGGGAUAGCUAGAUGAUGUACGGGGGGGAGUAGAUGCUUCGCUUCUGUGGUGCAUCAUGUGUACAGUGAAUACGUCAUGGAUCGAUGGAAUUUGU